GCAAUGAACUGAUGUGCGACUGCAAACUGGCAUGGAUGUGGGGUAUGAGGAACGAGACGAAGAACACGAACCUGCGGCUCGCCCUGGAGAAGCUCACUUGCUUCCUGGAGAGCAAUAACGCAUCGCAGAAGAUCAACAGCGCGGACCUCGAAAGGAACGAGGCUCUCGAGAUUGCACGAAAUCCAAGGGAAUAUUUCGCCGAGAACUUCAGAACCGGCAACAUGGAGGACGCCGGCGCUUUUCCUUUCAUGGGCGACGAGGACGAGGGCGAGGACGAACACGAAGAUUUCUCCUCGAAUUCCGAUUUCCAGUCGAAGACCAUGCUGAUAGAAGGCAAAUGGAUGCAGGAGAGGAAGCUGUUCGACCUGAAAAUCGAGGAGCUGCCCUGCCGGAAGUCCUCCAGGGAGGACCUAAUGGCGUCGGAGCAGCCGUCGAGCCGCCACGAGAACGCCCGGGUCGGAUGGUCCGGUUCCUUCUGGUCAUCCUCGUCCAACUCGAUCCAGCCUGGGCUGUCGAUUCUGGUGUACUGGGCGGUGCUCCUGCUGUCGGAGCUCUUCACGUAGAAGCGGCGCCGGAGCCCGGUCGACCCACUAAGCAGAUCAGAAGGAUGGCCCAUGGACGAGAACAAGGACAAGGACGAGGACGGGGGGGAGGACGAGGACGAGGACGAGGGAACGGUUCCCGGUAUCCGAAAACGCGAGCACAAUUGAACCGGACCGGCGCACGUGUGUAUGUGUGUGUAUGUGCGUGUCUGCGUGCACGAUGAUAGCACCUUCGCGCGUGUCUGGCGCGCGCGAUCGCGAGCGUGUGCGCGCCGUUGCGUGCGUUCCGAGCCGGAAAACGGCCGAUCGAUCCGCCGAGGGAUUUCCGGCGCGUCCCCGCGCGUCCGCGAGCCGCGGGAAGGUAAAUAAAUAAGAUAAGAAGAAGAUCCGGCGAACGAACGGCGGCCGAUCGUUUUCGGCCGCCUCGCCUCUCCCGCGGAGAAUCGCAAUAGUCGAAGGAUUAUGAUCGCGAUCGAGCGCGAGCACGCGCCCUGGCAUCCGCCGAAGCCAUCCGCGCCGAAAAACCGGCGGAUUGGGCCUCAGGGCGCGGCGGAGGGGAGGAGCGAGGCGAGCCUCGGCGGCCGGCGAGGCGCACUUCGGGCGAAGACUGCGGCGAUGCGGACGGAUGUCGCGGUCUCCCAGGGAUGAGGACGCCUCGGAUGCGCGUGUCUGUGUGUCGGGUGUGUGCGCGGGGGUCCAAGAAUGUGUAGGGAUCCAUGUAUCCUCCUCGAGAUCGAUGAUCCUUCGCGGGAUCGAGGAAAUGGCCGGCGACGCGAGCUCGCGACCGCGAAGCGAUCAUAACUCGAACGCGCGACGAGAAGCGAUACGCUGCCGGAUAUCGAGCCGGGCCGGGUUUAUCGAUGAUUCAGACGUCAUCUGGACAUCCUGAAUUCUCCAAAUUUUGUUGAAAUCUGCGAUCGUCGUCGCUGCACGUGAAUACAUCGCUCGCGCGCCGCGUCCAAGACGGCGCUUCUCGUCGACGAUUCGCGCGACCUUCCCUCCGGAACCCUCCCCCCUCCCGGACCCUCCGCCUAACCCGAUCGUUUCCUAUACUAUAUUGUACAGGAACGUUUCUAGAUGUGGUCUCCGUUUGUAUUUCGAAGAUAGGACGUUUCCGUGUCCGUCGGCGUCGCGGCGAAGCGGAUCCGUAAUCAUCGUGGACGAUCGGAUCGCCGAGCUUCGCGUCGGAAACGCUCGGAAUCUCGACCAGAUCGCGUCCACGCCCGAAUCUAUCGGUUUCUAGGGAUCGUUCGCGGAGCGUAUAAUGUGUGUGCACGAGAGUGCGUACAUGUGUGCGCCCGCGCACGCGGUGCACGCGCGGUUCUCCGCGAGUUCGCGGCGAUUUUUCGACGCGCUUCGACGCUCUUUCCGGGCCUCCCGGGAGCAAAGUUCCGCCGUUUAGGACCGAUCCGAAGUCGGAAGACGAUUCCGCGAGAUGCUCGGACAACUCCGAGCGCAAUCGCGCCGCCUUCAUCGGCGCCCAGAGCUCGUGGAUCGCCGAACUUCUCUUCUCGCGCUCGCCGAACACAGCUGACCGCGACGCGCCGCGGUUAUUCCCCGUUUUUUUCAGUAUUUUUCGCGCUCCCGGAAACUUCGCUUGCUUUUCGCGUUCGGCGAUUCGUGUUUCGCCGGUUUUUCAUUUGUUUAGUCGGCGGCGCAGAAGCGGAAAUCGCAGAAUCGUUUAACGUUGUCGCGCGCAAACGCGCGGCCGCGAGCAGCCGCCGACGAUAUCGCGCGUUCAAACCGCGGACGUUCGUACGAUUUUCAAUGUUCUUUUGCUUUUUAUCGAUGCCUCGCCCCGGCGAUUCCUUCCAUUUCGUUUGAUUCGUUGCUCUGUGCCGUGGUUAAAUUGUCGCGCGAAGGAUCGCGCGCGUUUCGGCCGAGUUCGCGAGGCGAUCGCUGCGAUUUUGUUCGCGUAAUUUGCCUUGCUCGGCACUUCUUUGGACUUGAUCAGCUUGCUGAUAGGAUCAUUUUUGUUUGUUGUUCGGCAUCGUUUAGGUCCAUUCGGCGUUUCGAUGGCGGAGCGAUGAAAUUUCGCUUUUUUAGGCGAAAUUUAGGCGAAACGAACGACGUCGAUGUUUUUAAUAGCUCGCGUUUUCUUUACUCGUUGUUACAUUGCAAGCUGCUGCUGGAAACGGAAACAUAAAUUUUAAUUUAUGCAAUUUGAUCGACGAUCUAAAAAUAGAGGACAAUCGUACGAGGAAAGGAUAGGUUCAAUAAUUAAUCGUUUGCGGGAAUUGUGCGGGAACAAAAAAUUUUACCGCGGUGUUUUUUCGCAUUUAACAAUUAACGCUUGAACUGUGGAUCAAGAUAUGCAAAUAGUUAAAUUAAAAUCAAUUUAAAAUUUCACGUGUUUCGUCGGGGUUUAUAAUACAACCUUGAACUUUUGUGAACUUUUUCUGUCAACUUCUUGGACUCGAAAUUUCUAUUAAAGAAAAAUUUCUAUUAAAAAUCUUGUUUAUUGAAAUUGAAUAAAGAAGAUUAUAAAAACAAUUGCUUGGAAUGUCUUGAAAUAAAACAUCAGAAAUUAUAUAUUAUUAUUAUUGUAAUAAUAUUAUUAAUAAUAAUGUAUCUAUUAAAGCAUAUGCUUAAAUA